AUGGUGUUGCAGAAGGAUGAAAUAAUGAUCAUCAAACGCAAAAUGAAAAGAAAGGAGCAGAAAACAGCAAGCAGAAAGAAAACCUUGAAAUCAUCAGAGUGGUUACGGGCUUCAAUUAAACAAGCACAAAAGAAUUCCCCGAUAGAUUUCCAGGAAAAGGAAGGUAUAGAAGAAAAAUUAUGCUGUUUUAAUGUCCAUUUUAUACAGCAUACAAUAUUGACUACAGCUAGAGUCGAGUGUAUGGCCAAAUUGGAGAAAUAA